AUGAUGGAAGGAUUGAAAAAACGUACCAGGAAGGCCUUUGGGAUACGCAAGAAAGAAAAGGACACUGAUUCCACAGGGUCACCAGACAGGGAUGGCAUCAAGAAAACCAACGGAGCCCCAAAUGGAUUUUAUGCAGAGAUCGACUGGGACAGAUAUAACUCACCUGAGCUGGAUGAGGAGGGAUACAGCAUCCGACCCGAGGAACCAGGAUCUACCAAAGGAAAGCACUUCUACUCCUCGAGCGAGUCCGAGGAGGAGGAGGAGGCGCACAAGAAAUUCAACAUCAAGAUCAAGCCCCUGCAAGCCAAGGACGUCCUGCGCAGCGCGGCCACCGUGGACGAGCUCAAGGCUUCCGUGGGCAACAUCGCCCUCUCCCCAUCCCCCGUGAGGAAAAGUCCGCGGCGCAGCCCGGGGACGAUUAAAAGGAAUUUAUCCAGUGAGGAGAUCACCCGGCCCCGGCGCUCCACCCCCACGCCAGACCCCACCAGCAAGAAACCCGGGGAGGAUCCAGCAGCGCUGGCCCCGCUCUUUGGGCCACCCUUGGAGUCAGCCUUCGAGGAGCAGAAGUUGGAUGCUGCUCUGGACCAGCCUGAGAUAUGGGGGUCGGUCCAGCCCAUCAACACAAACAUCGAGUCCCCAAAACUUCCAAGGCCUUUUCCAACUGGAACCCCUCCGCCGCUCCCCCCGAAGAACAUCCCGGCCACUCCGCCGCGCACCGGCUCGCCCCUGCCCCUGGCCACAGGAGGGGACCAGGCAGCAGCAGAACCCAAACGGGACAAACUCCCGUCCAUCAAUGACUUGGACAGCAUUUUUGGCCCCGUGCCGUCCCCUAAAUCUGCUGCUGCCACCGCAGAAGACAAGUGGGUCAAUUUUUCCGAUCAAUCCCCGGAAAACGCUCCUCCGGAAUUAUCACCCCGGCAAAAAUCGCCGUCGCCACCGGCGGCUCCGGGCAGCCCAGGCGGCCGCGCUCCGCCCGAGCAUCCCCGCCCGCUGCCCUCUCCGCUGCAGCUGGAAGACGCUCCCAGGAAACUUCCCGAGCAUCCUCCCCACCUUAAGGAUGAUUCCGCCGAGCCCAUCGCUUCUCCCAAAGAUUUUGGGCCGGGUCAAAGAGCAACCCCGCCGCCCCCUCCGCCUCCCACCUACCGCGCCGUGGUCUCGUCCCCCGGACCGGGCGGCACCGGCACGGGAAGCGCCAGCGGUUCCUCGUCCCCAGCUCGCCCCGGGACGCCGCUGGCCACGUGUGGCACCCCCCCACCACCGCCACCCCGACCCCCAUCCCGGCCCAAGCUGCCCCCUGGCAAACCCCCCGUCAGUGACGUGUCCAGGCCUUUUAGCCCUCCCAUCCACUCGUCCAGCCCUCCUCCGAUAGCGCCUCUAGCCCGUGCUGAAAGUACUUCUUCCAUCUCCUCCACCAAUUCCCUGAGCGCAGCCACCACUCCCACCGUUGAGGAUGAUGCUUUUGUUGACAAACUGCCCGCGUUUGAAAGACGCAGUGAGACGCCGGCAGAGAAUGAACAGCCUUCCCUCGUUUGGUUUGACAGAGGAAAGUUUUAUUUGACUUUCGAAGGCUCGUCACGGGGCCCCAGCCCCCUGACCAUGGGGGCACAGGACACCCUGCCCGUGGCCGCUGCCUUCACCGAAACCGUCAACGCGUACUUCAAAGGGGCUGACCCCAACAAGUGCAUCGUGAAGAUCACGGGGGAGAUGGUGCUGUCCUUCCCGGCGGGCAUCACCCGGCACUUCGCCAACAACCCCGCGCCAGCCGUGCUCACCUUCCGUGUGCUCAACUUCAACAGGCUGGAGCACGUCCUGCCAAACCCCCAGCUGCUCUGCUGUGACAACGUGCAGAGUGACUCCAGCUCCAAGGAGUUCUGGGUCAACAUGCCAAAUCUGAUGACUCACCUAAAGAAGGUAUCGGAACAGAAACCUCAAGCCACCUAUUACAAUGUGGAUAUGCUCAAAUACCAGGUAUCUGCCCAGGGUAUUCAGUCUACUCCAUUAAACCUUGCAGUGAGCUGGCGCUGUGACCCUGCAAGCACUGACCUGCGCAUCGACUACAAAUACAACACCGAGGCAAUGACCACCCCGGUAGCUCUAAACAACGUCCAGUUCCUCGUCCCCGUCGACGGAGGAGUAACCAAACUUCAAGCUGUGCUUCCUCCCGCUGUCUGGAAUGCUGAACAGCAAAGGAUAUUGUGGAAGAUCCCUGAUAUCUCCCAGAAAUCAGAAAACGGAGGUGUGGGGUCGCUGCUGGCGCGGUUCCAGCUCUCCGAGGGGCCGAGCUCUCCGGCCCCGCUGGCCGUGCAGUUCACCAGCGAGGGCAGCACCUUGUCCAGCUGUGACAUCGAGCUGGUGGGAGCCGGGUACCGCUUCUCCCUCAUCAAGAAGAGGUUUGCAGCAGGUAAAUAUUUGGCAGAUAACUGA